AUGGAUCACUACUUAACAACAUAUAAGAAAGACUACUUAUGGCCAAACUUACCUGGCGUGACUUCAGGCGUCAGUGGUGGGGGCCUGGCAGAGGUUCCAAAACUCUCAGGCGAGGAGCUAGCCUUCUAUCAAGCAUGUAUGCAACACACGCGCCCACCAGAUUGUAGAUGCCCUCAGUAUUCGAGUGGGGAAGCGCCUCAGUUACCCCCCGGAAAAGAAGGAGGAUGGAGUCGAAACGAGUUAAUGGGACCAAUGUUGGAUCCAAAAAUUUAUCCAGCACGAGUUGGAGCUAGUCCAGAAACGACGUCCUCACGCUAUGAUCAGCCCAACGCGUUCUUAGACAAGUUGCAGUCAAAAUACCCGAUGCUGUACAGCAUUCUACAAAACGAAGCAUCGCCCGAGUUAAAACAACGUAUAGACCGAGAUCGUAAUAAAACCACUUACCAGGUGGACUAUUGUGAAGCAGGUCCAGGUGCAAAGUUCGAAGGUCUUCAAAGAGCAGCCGAUGAGAGUGGAACAGGGCCGUGUGCCCAACCUAUGAGGCUACCUGGAGAUCCCUGCAGGGUAGGGCCGAAGCCGAGAAGAUCGACCCCCAAGACCAUCUCUAAGCAGGCUGGAUCCGGUGCAGCAAGCGAUCCUAGAGCUAAAUGCGAAACAACGUCAGCAGUGCCUCCAUUGGGUAAGACUGAAUAUCAAGAUGGCGUUUCGAAACUCGGAGCCAUCAUCAUGCGGGACAAAUUGCAUAGAAGAUGAAUCAACCAUAUUUUAAAUCAACCAAUAAAUAUAUUAUACACAGAUUAAAA